AUGGAUACUUUAAGAGAGUUGCCACCAGCUCCCUACGAAAACGUUCCAGCGGAAUACUUGAUGAGACAGAAAAUCACAAUUAUGGGCUAUCCAGAGGUAGCAAACUUAGACGAUCUUAAAGCGCUGAGCCUAGAUGACGAGAAUGUUGAACCGUUCGGUCUUGUCAAUUCUUACUUGCCACUCACUCUAUAUACAGUAGCUAUUGCAUCAGGAGCAAUGCUUUUUGGAUAUGAUAUUGGAACAGUUGGGGCUAUCGUUGAUAUGUCUGCAUUUGUGGAGAAAUUUGGAGACAACGUUACAACAAAUCCCAAAAGUUUCCACGAUUUGACUAAAGGGGUACUCAUAGGCAUUUCAAGCUUAGGUGGAUGCAUAGGAGGACUAGGCACCACACAAUUAAUUCCAGCCCUAGGUCCCCGUUGUACAAUUUUCAUUGCAGCUGUAUGCGUAUGCUUAGGAAAUAUGACUAUACUCUUAUCAGAGGUAUGGUUUCAGGCGCUUGGAGGGAGAUUAAUCUAUGGACUAGGAAACGGAAUGGUUUGCGUAGCCUGCCCCAUGUUUAUCAGUGAGUUGGCACCAACAAGAACCAGAGGUUUGUUUAUCUCCAUCCUUCAGUUGCAGAUAACUAUUGGUAUCAUCACUGGAGCCAUCACCAUGUACGUCAGUAACAGCGUUUUUGGAGACAACAGAAACAACUUCUUUCAGUAUGGUUAUCCUCUUCUUCAAGGAAUGGCUUUAUCGUUAGUCGCGUGUGCAGUUAUAUUUAUGGUUCCGGAAUCACCUACUUGGCUUGUGUCUCAAGAACAAGAUACCGAUAAUUUUGAGAAGGCUAAGUCGUCUGUAGCGAGAAGUAGAAAACUACCAUUCGACCAUCCCCUGGUCGAAGCAUACGUUGAAAAUCUAGCAUCAAUGACCAAAGUUAUUACCGCAGAAGAGGAAGGUAAAGAUGCAUCUGUGAGAUUGCAAUCUUUGAGGAGAGGUCAACCAAAGUAUCUUCUUAGAGUACUUACAGGAAUCGCCUUAUCGUGCUUUCAACAAGGUACCGGAAUUAACUACUUUUUCUUUUUUGGAACAUCCAUCUUCCGAACAGUUGGAUCGGAUUACCAGUCAUUGCUCGCUUUAAAAGGACCCAACUACUUGUAA